AUGAUACGUACCAUUUCGAUCGUGCUCUCCAUCGUUUCACUCGUCUUUGGGCGAUGGUUUGUGGUCGAGCAGUUUAUACAGCAAUCGAACAUCAACGGCCUAACGGUGGUCCAUUGUCACCGGGAUGGGCUCGAUCGAGAGUUGACAGUUUGGGCGCAGACUCUGCAGAAAACCUUUCCAGGUCCUGUUGCAUAUGUAGACAGUGGUCGAUGGGAUAGGGCUAAAUUUUCCUCCAUUCCCAUCGUCACCCGAUCGUUGCAUAGGUUGGGAUUGGUUGUGAACCUGGAAUGCAAAAACAUUCGACCCUUUCUACAGUACGCCUCUUCGGCCGGUCAUUUCAAUUCUUCGUACCGUUGGUUGUUUUUCGGGCGCCAGAACCUUAACCACUCCAAGUCUUUCUUCACCAACCUGGACAUCAACCUUGAUGCUUGUAUUACAUUGGCAGUUCGACGUGACGAUUCGUUGCGCGUGUACGCUAUUUACGAUGUAUACGGUAGUGUGAAGUUACGUGGCGGAACCGUCAAGUUUAAUUAUCUGGGCGAUUCUACAUCGGCCGGAGGGUGGCUUAAAACGACCCAUAAGAGAGACAAUCUUCAGCAUAUCGAACUAAGAGCUGUCGUUUCGUUCUGAUCUCCAGAGCCUCAAUCAGCAUCAGCCAGAAACUAUUGAAGGAUAUCUCAGCG